UUUUACUUUCAGGGUAUUCGUUUCCGUGGUUACAGCAUCCCUGAAUGUCAGAAGCUGCUGCCCAAGGCUCCAGGGGGAGAAGAGCCGCUGCCUGAGGGACUCUUCUGGCUCUUGGUUACAGGAGAGAUUCCCAGUCAGGAGCAGGUGAAUUGGAUCUCCAAAGAAUGGGCAAAAAGAGCUGCCCUGCCUUCACAUGUAGUAACUAUGUUGGACAACUUCCCCACCAAUUUGCACCCCAUGUCUCAACUUAGUGCUGCGAUUACAGCACUAAACAGUGAAAGCAAUUUUGCCCGGGCCUAUGCAGAAGGCGUCCAUAGAUCCAAAUACUGGGAGUUGAUAUAUGAAGACUCCAUGGAUCUGAUUGCUAAACUCCCAUGCAUUGCUGCUAAGAUCUACCGUAACCUUUACCGAGAAGGAAGCAGCAUUGGUGCCAUCGACACUAAUCUGGACUGGUCACACAAUUUCACCAACAUGCUGGGUUACACAGACAAGGAAUUCACUGAGCUUAUGAGAAUGUAUCUCACAAUCCACAGUGACCAUGAAGGAGGCAAUGUUAGUGCACACACCAGCCAUUUGGUGGGCAGUGCUUUGUCUGAUCCCUACCUCUCCUUUGCUGCUGCCAUGAAUGGACUGGCAGGUCCCCUGCAUGGACUGGCCAAUCAGGAGGUGCUGGUUUGGCUAACAGCCCUACAGAAGGACUUGGGUGGUGAAGUGUCCGAUGAGCAGCUGAGAGACUACAUCUGGAACACCCUCAAUUCUGGAAGGGUGGUACCUGGAUAUGGUCAUGCUGUGCUCAGAAAGACAGACCCACGUUACACAUGUCAAAGAGAAUUUGCUUUGAAACACCUUCCUAACGAUUCAAUGUUCAAAUUAGUGGCUCAACUCUACAAGAUUGUACCCAAUGUGUUACUGGAGCAGGGCAAAGCCAAGAACCCCUGGCCCAAUGUGGACGCUCAUAGUGGAGUCCUUCUACAGUAUUAUGGAAUGAAGGAAAUGAAUUACUACACUGUCCUCUUCGGAGUGUCACGAGCACUGGGGGUUCUAUCUCAGCUCAUCUGGAGCCGGGCGCUCGGAUUUCCACUGGAGAGGCCCAAAUCCUUGAGCACAGACGGCCUUAUGCAGCUUGUUAAGGCAAAGUCUGGCUAAAAGAAGAAAAAGAGAAAAAUAA